AUGAAUGACUACAAGGCCUCGAAGGAGGCUUUUGUCUCUGGAAUGACUGGCUCAACAGUAUUUCAUGUAAAUAUGAUAAGCGGUGUUGCAUUGAUGGACAUCGGUGUUGGCUCGUUUGUAUUCUCUCAAGGUGUGGUGUCUGCGAUUCCAAUCAUCAAAGAUAUAUCCUACCUCCAGGCUCCGAUCCUUCCUAAACUCAAGUCUGUCUCCCAUAAGAUGAUACUUAUCAUCGUGUUAGGCAUUCUUCACGUUGUGCUCGUGAAAGGCACCAAAUAUCCUGUAGGGUCUUACAUAGACUUCAUGUCACACCCACCACUUAACAGCUACAACCAGGAACAUGUGACAGAGUACGGCGUACACUGGAAUUUCUUCCUCACACUUACGCUCUUGCCUAUCAUUGAGGUCUUGUUGCAUCCCAUCAUCUUGCAUAUCCCCGUCGCUCUGCUGGGUCUCUGGAUUGGAGUGUGUUAUGUUUCGACCCACAUACUCGGCUUGUCCUUAGGAACUGUCAUACUUCCUCCCUCCCCUUCAUUUUCCCGGAAGCAGCAGCAGUUACUCGACAGGCCAUCCUCUCACUGA